AUCAGGCUACCCAUAUUCUAGUUGACACACGAAGAGCGGACGUCUCCCUAGGGUUUAGGGUUAGGUAUUCUCCGGCGGCGUUUCUUCAGCCUCGAUCGCGAGUGGAGAAAUCGUCUGGCUCGGUUGUUGGCUUUGAGACUAAAGGAGAGAUUUGUCUGGAGAUUAGGAGUGCCGAUCUCCUUCAUUUGGGGUAAACUGCUUUUGGCUUCGGCAGUUUGGCUUUACGUUUCCAUAGCAGGGGCUUGGGACUAUUGUGAUUAACAAGAUUGGAAGGGUCGAACAGAGCAUGGCUUGGGUAGAUUUGGAACAUGCUGUUGUGGCUCGGGUUACGCUACUGGCUUUGAUUGGGGAGGUUCCGUCAAGCAGGGAUCCUGGUUUCGCAAGAGUCAGAAAUAUAUCAUUGGAACUCGUGGUAGUGGGCUUGCAAGGAAUUUUUCAAGAAGAAGGUUUGAUGAUCCGUCCCUCUCCUGAGCCACCGCCAAGGAUGAUGUCUGGAGCAUGGAUCCGUUUCCUCUGUCAGUUUAUUUUAUUUAAUUUCGUUUUACACUUCUGGAGUUUCUUUGGCAUGAAUGCUGUCGUUGUUGUCUUUUGCAACUUUUAUUUCAAGACUCUUACAUUAGGUGAGGGUGAUGAGGGUUUUGCUCUGGCCACGUUUGGCUCAUUUAGACCUAUUACAGGACAAGCGAAUCAUAUUGCUCCAACUAGGGUGAUUGGUUCUCCAGUUAGUCCGAGGGUCAGUGGCUGGAAGUGUUUCCUUUGUCGUUUGUGUCCCUUGCUGAAUGUUUUAUUUUUAAUAUAAGCCUCCCCGAGUCCUCGUUUAAAAAAAAAGGCUACCCAUAUUCUAAAUCUCUACUUCUUUAAUUAAUAACCCACUCAAUUAAAUGGACAUGGAAAACACUCCUAAUGUUCAAACACUGAAUGUUUU